AUGACAAAUACAAUUUGUAGAAGAUUAAUUUUUUUUGUAAAUGGAAAAAAAAUUGAGGUAGAUGAUGUUGAUCCUAAAAUGACAUUAGCUAUUUUUUUAAGAGAUAAAUUAUCCCUGACAGGAACUAAAAUAGGUUGUAAUGAAGGUGGAUGUGGCGCUUGUACUGUUAUGAUAUCUGAUAUGGAUCCAUUAAAUGAUAUGAUAAGACAUUAUUCUGUUAAUUCAUGCCUCACACCUAUUUGUUCUGUAUUUGGAAAAAAUGUUACAACAAUUGAGGGAAUAUCAAAUCUUGGAAAAGGUAAAAUUCAUGAAAUUCAAGAAAGAUUAUCAAAAUGCCAUGGAAGUCAAUGUGGAUUUUGUACACCUGGUUUUGUUAUGGCAAUGUAUUCAUUGUUAAGAAAUAAUCCUCAACCAUCAACAAAUGAAAUUGAUGAAGCUUUACAGGGAAAUUUAUGUCGUUGUACCGGAUAUAGACCUAUUUUAGAAGCAUUUUAUUCAUUUUCUAAAGAUACUAAUAAUAAUCUUCUAAUAGAAGAAAAUAAUUCCUGCCCAAUGGGAGAUAAUUGUUGUAAGAAGGGUGAUCAAACAAAAAAUUUAAAAAAUGAUAAAAAUGAUAUUUUUUCAUUAGUAUCAUUUGAUUCUUCAUUAUCAUAUACUAAUGAACAAGAACCAAUAUUUCCAUGUGAAUUAAAAUUAAAAGAAUUUCAUAAAAAAGAUUUUAAAUUUAAGACAAAUGAUUGUAUUUGGUAUGCACCAACAAAAUUAGAAAAACUUAUUGAAUUAAAAACAAAAUAUCCAUAUAGUAGAAUAAUAUCAGGAAACUCUGAAAUUGCCGUAGAAGUAAAAUUUCGUUUUAUUGAAUUACCAAUAAUAAUAAAUCCUAAACAAAUUCCUGAUAUGAGAAAAUCAUAUAUAGAUAAUGAUAAAGAGGCAGGAUAUAUUGGUACAAAUUUAUCAUUAAAUGAAAUGAAAUCAAUUCUUGAGAGAUGGAUUAAAGAAUUACCAGGUGAAAAAACAAAAAUAUUUAAAGCAAUUGUAUCAAUUCUUCAUUAUUUUGCCGGUAAUCAUGUUAGAAAUACAGCAUCUGUUGCUGGAAAUAUAGUAACAGCAUCACCUAUCUCUGAUUUAAAUCCAAUAUGGAUGGUAUCUAAUUCAGAGAUUGAAUUAGUUUCAACAAAAUAUGGUAAAAGAACAUUAAAAAUUGAUGAGAAGUUUUUUACUGGAUAUAGGAAAACAAUAAUUGAUAAUGAUGAAAUUGUUACUGGAAUAUGGAUUCCAUUUUCAAAAACUAAUCAAUAUUUUCAAGCAUUUAAACAGGCCCAAAGAAGAGAAGAUGAUAUUUCAAUUGUAACAUCAGCCUUCUCUGUUAUUAUAGAUAAUUCUUCUAAAGGCAAUGAUUAUACUAUUAAAGAUAUAAAAAUUUCUUUUGGUGGUAUGGCACCAACAACAAAAUUAGCCAUGAAAACAAUGGAACUUCUUAAUGGAAAAAUUUGGAAUAAUUCAAUUAAAGAGAUAGCUUCUGAAUCUUUAAUUAAAGAAUUUAUGUUACCAUGUAAUGUUCCUGGUGGAAUGGCUAGAUAUAGAAUGACACUAGCAAUAUCAUUUUUCUUUAAAUUUUAUGUUUAUGUUUCAACAAAACUAAAUAAUCAUAUGUUUAAGGAAUAUGGAAUUGAUUCAGCACUUCAAGAACCAAAAUUACCAUCAUUUAAAACUUCGCAAAUAUUUUAUGAUGUACCAAAAGAUCAGGAGGGUUAUGAUGGUGUUGGUAGACCAUUACAACAUAUGAGUGGUGAACGUCAUACGACUGGUGAGGCAAUUUAUGUUGGUGAUAUGAAUGCACAUGGAUGUCUUCAUAUGGCUUUGUUACUUUCACCAGUUGCUAAAGGUACCAUUCAAAGUAUUGAUCCAACUGAGGCAUUUCAAAUACCAGGUGUUGUUGGAUAUUUUGAUAAAAAUAAUGUUAAAGAAGGUACAAGAAUUGGACAUGGUGAUACAUUAAUUUUUGCCGAAAACGAGGUAACAUAUCAUGGGCAAAUUAUUUGUGGUAUUGUUGCUGAAGAUCAUGAAACAGCUAGGAGAGCUGUAAAUAAAAUAAAACUUGAUAUUCUUCCUUCAAAACCGAUAUUAACAAUAGAAGAUGCUUUAAAAGAAGAAUCAUUCCAUCAAAAAAAUAAACUUUCACUUCAUAGUAGUUUAACAUUAAAAAAUAAAAAAGAACAAUUUGAUUAUUCUACAUGUGAACAUGUAAUUGAAGGUGAAAUUAAAAUAGGUGGUCAGGAACAUUUUUACCUUGAAACAACACAAGUUUUAGUUAUUCCUGGUGAGAGAGAUGAAAUGGAAAUAAUUGCUUCAACACAAUGUGUUGGUGAUACUCAACGUGAUGUUUGUGCAGCACUUGGUGUACCAAGACAUAAAAUAAAUGUUAAAGUUAAAAGAAUUGGUGGUGGUUUUGGUGGUAAAGAAUCAACAACGGGUUUAGUAGCAGCUCCAGCAGCAAUUGCUGCAAAAGAAUUAAAAAGGCCAAUAAAAUUAGUUUUAGAAAGAUUUGAUGAUAUGGCAUUAACUGGUACAAGACAUCCAUAUAGAUUUAACUAUAAAGUUGGAAUUGAUAAAAAUUUAAAAUUAAAAAGUUUUGAAGUAACAUGUUAUUCAAAUUCAGGAGCAACAUUAGAUUUAUCAGGUGGAGUAUUAACAAGAGCAAUGACACAUAUUGAUAAUGUUUACAAAUGGGAGAAUGCUGACAUUUAUGGGUAUCUUUGUAAAACAAAUAUUUCUUCAAAUACAGCUUUCCGUGGAUUUGGUGGACCACAGGGAAUGUUUUGUACAGAAACUAUAAUAGAUCAUAUCUCUGAAACAUUAAAUGUUGAUUGUAAUAUAUUACGUCAAAAUAAUUUUUACCAAGAGGGUGAUAAAACACAUUUUGGUAUGACAUUGAAACAAUGUAAUAUUACACGUUGUUGGGAUGAGUGUAAAAAUUUAUCAAAUUAUGAAAAAAGAAAAGGGGAAAUUAAAAAGUUUAAUGAACAUAGUAAAUAUAAAAAACGUGGAAUUUAUAUGAUACCAACAAAAUUUGGUAUUGGAUUUGGUUUUAAACAAUUAAAUCAAGCAGGAUGCCUUAUUAAUAUUUAUACUGAUGGUUCAGUUUUAAUAUCACAUGGUGGUAUGGAAAUGGGACAAGGUCUUCAUACAAAAAUAAUUCAAAUUGCUUCAAGAUGCCUUCAAAUACCUGUUGAAAAAAUAAUUAUUAAUGAUACAUCAACUGACAAAAUUCCAAAUGCUUCACCAACAGCUGCUAGUGUUGGUAGUGAUAUGAAUGGAUUGGCAGUUAAAAAUGGUUGUGAUAUUUUAAUGGAACGUCUAAAACCAUUUAAAGAAGCUAAUCCAAAUGGAAAAUGGGAAGAUUGGGUUAUGGCUGCUUAUGUUAAUAGAGUUUCAUUAAGUACCACAGGAUUUGGUAUUAUUCAUAGUGAAACAAUUGAUUUUAUUGAUGGAAAAGGUGCUGAAGCAUUUGGAUAUGCUGUAUAUGGUGUUGCAUGUACAGAGGUAGAAAUUGACUGUUUAACUGGAGAUCAUCAUAUGAUAAAAAGUGAUAUUGUUAUGGAUAUUGGUGAUUCAUUAAAUCCAGCAAUAGAUAUUGGACAAAUAGAGGGAGCAUUUAUUCAAGGAUAUGGUUUAUUUACUAUGGAAGAAAUUAAAAUAAGAAGUGAUGGUGUUAGGCAUACUAGAGGACCAGGAACAUAUAAAAUUCCAUCUGCUGAUGAUGUUCCAAGACAUUUUAAUGUUAAAUUACUUAAAGGUUCAUCAAACAAAAUGGCUAUAUUUUCAUCAAAAGCUGUUGGAGAACCACCCUUAUUUUUAGGUUGUAGUGCAUUUUUUGCUAUAAAAGAAGCAAUAAAAGCAUAUCGUUUGGAACAUAAUUUAUCAGGAUACUUUAGAAUGGAUUCCCCGGCAACGGCAGAAAAUAUACGUCUUCAUUGUAGUGAUAAAAUUACAUCUCUCAUUAAUAAUGCUACUCCAAAUUAUGAAAAUGAAAUUCCUUGGAAUGUAACAUUAUAA